AUUGACAAGUAUGCUCAGCGGGAUCUGAAGAAAGGGCUUCAUUUGUAUGGGACAGAUGGAAAUAUUGGCCUAACUAAUGCAUGGAGCAUCAUUCAAACAGAUUUCAGAUGCUGUGGAGUCUCCAACUACACUGACUGGUUUGAAGUGUACAAUACAACCCGGGUGCCAGACUCCUGCUGCUUAGAAUUCAGUGAGAACUGUGGACUCCAUUCCCCAGGGACCUGGUGGAAAGCGCCUUGCUACGAAACAGUGAAAAUAUGGCUUCAGGAAAACUUACUAGCAGUGGGAAUCUUUGGAUUGUGCACAGCUAUGGUGCAGAUUCUCGGACUCACCUUUGCAAUGACCAUGUAUUGUCAGGUAGUCAAGGCAGACACCUACUGUGCAUAGAUAUCAUUCCCAAUCUUUCUGCUCCUCCUCCAAAGGACACAGGAGAAAUCUCCUCAUGCUCAUUCGUCUGACCUUCCCCCCCCACCCCCCUUUGUACUAUAAACUGUGUAUAAUGCUAUCUUUCUGAAGAUUUUGUGAAUUGCCCCACUGUACUGAAGGAGGAAGAAAAGGAAAGAAAAAGUGAGUACUUGAACUGGCACAGGUAAGAAGCAGCCUUGUCUUUAAAGAGAAGAAAACCUCCGAAGAACAAUUGUUCCUUUUCCAUGGCCCAUGGCAAGGCAAUGGAGGCUGCUUAUGGGGGGGCUGAUCUGCAAACCAAUGUCAGGAAAAGCUUGUGCUGAGGCAACCUCUGCGGAAGCUGCCAGGUUGCCUUCCUGCAUUUCAUGGUCUGGAAGAGAGGGCAUAGAAAAUGAGUAUUCUUCAGCAUGGAAAGACGGUACAGAAUAGCUAGCACUGAAUGCAAUUGUAAUUUUACUACAGUUUGCACACAGUUAAAAUGUCAAGAUCAAGCAGCCCUGCCUCCAAGUGUCUCAAGAUAAUUUUGUAGCCAGGAGAGGAUCAUCCUCAAAAAUAUGUUAUUUUAAAGGAGUAUUUUUAAUCUUAUGCACUGCAAAGUCAGGCUUUUAAUCAGAAUCUGUACAGUGAGAUCUGGCUGUUAAGGGAAAACAACAUUGGACAUUGUCUCAUUUAUUAAUUGCCAGUGGCAUAUAGAUGGUUGACUGUAUAUGUUAUAUAUAUAUUACAUUCAUAUACACAUACUGUUCUGCAAGGAGGUGAAAAUACCCAGCAUCUAACCUCAGAAAGAGGGAACCUUUCUAUCCCAUUUUACAUUCCAACUGAAAUAACUGCGUAUUAUUUCUUGUAGGAGGCACUAUCACUUAUACCUCUGGGAAACAAGUAAUUACUUUCAGCUGUAUCUUCAUUUCAGUAAACAACUUGUGAGUGGGCUC